AUGCCAGAAAGUUCUGGCAUUUCCCAGGAUGAAGACCAAGCACAGACCCAACCUGAGGGGGUGUAUGGGACCCCCCAGCAGCCUCUUGGGUCCCCGACGCAGCAUGACCCAGUUUAUCAGCAGCAGUGGGUCCUCCAGACUCCAGACAGAUCUGAGCUCCAGGCCAGUUGGCUCUCUGAGGUGGAGCCAGAAGCAGCAGCAGAGCUGAACCCCAGCUUCCCGCCAGGACCCGAAUUUGCAGGUGGGUGUUGGUUUUUCCCUGCAGGCCAGGCUUGCCCUUCGCCUCCGCCCAGUGAAGAAGUCUGGUCACUCCUCAGGGCAAUUCCACCCAUUCCAGAUGAAGUGGUCGUCAGGCAGAGGGUCCCACAGAGGUCCUGGAAGGUUGGCAGGCUCCGCCAUGGAAAGAAAGUCUAUGCCGUUGCCAUUAGCUCAACUCACCAUGUAUACACGUGUGGCCACGGCUACAUUAAGGUGUGGGACAAGAGCGCUCUGUACAGCUGCAACAUGCCCCCGCAGGCCCAGCUGGACCUGCAGGACCGCCAGAACUGUGUCCUCACCUGCAAGCUCUUCCCUGACGAGCGGAGCCUCAUCACUGGGGGUCUGUCCCGGAGCCUGACUCUCUGGGACCUGGCACCCACACCCCGCAUCAGGGCACAGCUGGCCUCCACGGGCCCCAUGUGCUAUUCCCUGGCGCUCUCCUCCAAUGCCCAGAUCUGCUUGGCUUGUUUCAAAGGAUUUGUCGAGAUUUGGGAUUUGCGGAACCAGAUCUUGAUCAGGAAGCAUGAAGUCCCAGAAUAUGGGUCUCGAUGUGUGGACAUCGUGGGCAAUAAGUUCUGGACGGGAGGUGAAGACACCAGACUAUAUUCCUGGGACCUGAGGAGCUACCAGAGGUUACAGCAGCACGAUUUGCAGCAUGAGAUCCUCAGCAUUACCCACGACCCCAGUGAGGAAUGGGUGCUGGUAGGCUUGAGAACAAGUGAUAUCAUAAUCCUCCACACACAUCGGAGAGAGAAGUUCAAGGCAGUCCUUCAUAAAUACGUCAACCACCACAACCUCAAGUUUGCUUCCUGUGGGAGCUAUUUUGUGACCACACUGGACGAGUCGAUCCACUGCAUAGCUGCACCUUCUCUACAAAGGUUGUUUCAGGCAGAGGAGCCUACAGAUAUUCUGUGUUGUGAUGUGUCUUCAGACAACCAGUAUCUGGUCACGGGCUCCAAGAAUAGUGCCACGGUUUACCAGCUCUUGUACUGA